AUGGAUAUUUCAGCGGCAUGUACUAACGGAUGGGUGCUUUGUCAAUCAUUUGGAAGCAAACUUGCUGAACCAAAGACUCAAGAGGAAGUGACAUUCCUAGGCCGUCAAACACACCAGAUUGGCAACGGUGGAAAUUACUUUAUUGGAAUACAUGACAUAUUCCUGGAGGGACAGUGGGUGUAUGCCGGAUCUAGGGAGCCCGUCACAAUAACCAUGCCGUGGGCCCGGGGAGCCCCUGAUAACUUUCACGAGGAAGAUUGUGUAGAGAUGGGAUCCGCCCCAGAGUGGCACGAGCUGUGGGGCGAUGUUCCCUGCUCCUCCACUUUAUACUACAUUUGUGAAUACGAACAAAAUUAUGAAUAUCAGCAAGGUCAGGUCAUUGGAUGAAAGAAAUGAUGAUGUCUACGCAGGGAUUUGCAGA